AUGAGUCCCCUGCCCUUGCCCCGCGACAACGGCAGCGCCUGGGAGAUAGCUGCGCUGGGCACCAACUGCAGCGGCGCCACCAGCCUGAGUCGGCAGUGGGUGGUGGGAGCUGCCCUGAGCCUCACCGUGCUGGUCAUCGUGGCCGGCAACUUGCUGGUGAUCGUGGCCAUCGCCAAGACGCCGCGGCUGCAGACCAUGACCAACGUCUUCAUCACCUCGCUGGCUUGCGCCGACCUCAUCAUGGGCUUGCUGGUGGUGCCACCCGGGGCCAUCAUCCUGCUGAGUGGGCACUGGCCCUACGGCACGGUGGUGUGCGAGCUGUGGACCUCGCUGGACGUGCUGUGUGUCACGGCCAGCAUCGAGACGCUCUGCGCCAUCGCCGUGGAUCGCUACCUCGCCAUCACCACCCCCCUGCAGUACGAGGCGCUGGUGACCAAGGGCCGGGCACGGGCCGUGGUGUGCCUGGUGUGGGCCAUCUCUGCCUUCAUCUCCUUCCUCCCCAUCAUGAACCACUGGUGGCGGGACGGGGCGGACGAGCAGGCGGUGCGCUGCUACGACGACCCGCGCUGCUGUGACUUCGUCACCAACAUGACCUACGCCAUCAUCUCCUCCACCAUCUCCUUCUACGUGCCGCUGCUCGUCAUGAUCUUCGUCUACGCCCGCGUCUUCGCCGUGGCCACGCGGCACGUCCAGCUGAUCGGCAGGGACAAGGUGAGGUUCCUGCAGGGGCCGCCCAGCCCCGGCUCCCAGCGCGGCCGGCGGCGGCGUCCCUCCCGUCUGCUGGCCAUCACGGAGCACAAGGCGCUCAAGACGCUGGGCAUCAUCAUGGGCACCUUCACGCUGUGCUGGCUGCCCUUCUUCGUGGCCAACAUCAUCAAGGUCUUCUGCCGGCCGCUGGUGUCGGAUCAGCUCUUCCUCUUCCUCAACUGGCUGGGCUACGUCAACUCAGCCUUCAACCCCAUCAUCUACUGCCGCAGCCCGGACUUCAGGAGCGCCUUCCACAAGCUGCUGUGCUGCCCGCGCCGCGCCGACCGCCGCCUCCACGCCGUCUCCAGGGACCUGCGACGCUGCCCCUAUGCCUUCAGCCCCAGAGGGGGUCCCUCAGUAGAGAGCAAGGCCCCCAGGCACCCCGAGGGGGACGCUGAGGCUCGGGGAAGUGGCAGCGGCAGCAGCAGCCAGUGCAGCAGCCAGACGGAGGAGAACAGCCUGUCCCAGGGCAGUGGCCACCAGCAGCGGCCCCUGGGCGAGUCCCAGCUGCAGGGUACUCAGACCACGCUGUGCUCGCAGCUUGACCAGUUUGCUGGCAGAGAGACACCUGUGGGUCCUUCCAUCUGACUGGGAGCAGCUGAGAGCUGGGAAGAGAAGCCAGGCGUGGUGAAGGGGAUAGAGGAGCAGCGCUGGGGGUGACGGCGCCGGAGGGACCCUCUGGUGCUUGCACCAACCUGGAGGGGAGGAGGACUGCCCCUUCAGAGCUCUCGCGGUCACAGCAGGGCCCGGGAAGCAGCUCCUCCAUGCUGCUGGGGCUGGAGAGCUGGAGGCAGCCGGGAACAAGCUUCUGAGCCGCUCUUCAAGUCUCAGGGAUGUCCCUGUGGAUGAGGAACAAGAUCCCACCCGGAGGUGCUUCUUGGCAUCGCUGGCAGCAGGACCUGGUGGCUCAGCUCUCUUGAAGGAUGAAGGACUCUGCCGUGCUGGGCUUGGGCAGGUUUUGGGCAGCCCAUCAGGAAGGGGAGAAGAACUUUCUGGAGACGUGAACCCUUCCCAGGAUCUCUACUUCAUCCCAGCUGCAUUCCCAUUGCUGGGAGCGAUCCUGGGAGCGGCAGCAGUACCUUUGGCAAAGGGGAGCAAGAGGAGCUCUGAGCACGGGGGAACGGGGCGGGGGGUGCUCUCGUUAAACCUCCUCCUGUCCCUCCCUCCGCACUCGGGGCAGGGGUCCUUGCUCCGAUGCUCUUUGGGGCGGCUGAAGCUGGAGGAGCAGCAGGGAGGUCAGGCAGGGAGGAAGGAGGUUUUCAUCCUGAGGCUCCUGCCCACUGGUCUGGCUACGUGGGGCAGUGAAGCAAGGCAGGGAGGUCCAGCUCUUGUUUUCAACCUCUUUCAGCUGGCAGAAGGCAUUGGCAGUGCCAGCCCAGCUCCUCUGUGCCCACUGCAGCGUGAGCAGAGCUGAGGGCUGUGCUCCCCACCACGCUGUGAUUCGGGGAUACCCUUGUUUGUGUGAUGGUGACUGUCACGGUUCCACCCCGGUUUUGUCCUGUCUCUCCCACCCUCCGUGAGAAAUAAACCUUGGGAACACCACGGUGCCUACCACUCUGUGCCAAGCAGAGGGAAGCUUCUCCCAUCCUCCUGUCCAAGGGGCUGCCCAAGGCUUGGGAGUGCAGGUAACCCUUUCCCUGGGGCUGUGGCUGGCAGAGCACUGCUGGGCACAGACAAAGCAGGCUCUGGGU